CCCGCCGUGCUGCUGGGCACCCCCGGAGCGCUGCGGGAGGCGCUGCGGCGGCGCUUCCUGGCUCUGGAGAGGCUGCGCUGGAUGGUGCUGGACGAGGCGGACGCGCUGAUGGACGAGUCCUUCACGGAGCUGCUGGAGGAGAUCCUGGCACACGCUCCGCUGGCCGCCGGCGCUCCCGGGCCAGUCGGUCCCGACGAGGAGAGGACGCAGGUGGUGGUGGUCGGAGCCACCUUCCCCACGGGGCUCAGCGAGACGCUGGCGAAGUUCACUGACGUGGGCCGGUUUGUCACCCUCAGCACCCAGAGCCUGCACCACCUGCCGCCUCACGUCCAGCAGAAGUUUGUCCGCCUCAAAGGCCGGGACAAGCUGCCCGAACUGCUGCAGCUGCUCAAGGAGCGCCCGUCAUCUGGCGGGGCUGUUCUCAUCUUCUGCAACACUGCCAGCACUGUCAACUGGCUGGGCUAUAUCCUGGACGACCACAAAAUCAAGCACCUGAGGCUGCAGGGUCAGAUGUCAGCAGCUGCUAGAGCUGGCAUCUUUGCCUCUUUCCAGAAGGGUGACGUGUCUGUCCUCGUCUGCACUGACCUUGCCUCGCGGGGGCUGGACACCAGCAGUGUGCAGCUAGUGGUCAACUAUGACUUCCCAGACACCUUACAGGACUACUUGCACCGUGCUGGGAGAGUUGGCCGGGUUGGGAGCAAGGCACCUGGAGCUGUGAUUAGUUUUGUCACCCAUCGGUGGGAUGUGGACCUAGUACGGAAAAUAGAGACUGCAGCCCGAAAAAGGACAGGUCUCCCAGGAAUGGACUCUACCUUUGCCUAAAGGAGGUUAAUUCAGGUUGCCAGGCAUUCCCUGGUAGGGGCUUACCUUGAGGUCACUAAGGCAGAGUGAACGAGCUGCUAUGUAUAAGGCAGACUGAAAGAAUAGAGUUGAAUUUCAGAACUAGGUGGUCAGGUGAACUUUGUGCACUGUUCUGGAAGCUGCAGUAUUCAUCUGCACAGCUAUCACAACAUGUGGCUUUCCCAAAGGAAACUAGUAAGUAAGUAACAGUGCUUUUGGAGAAUACUGAAGAACUACUUCAUCAGUUGAUUUAGUUUACUUAUUUUGAGACAUAAUUUAAAUUCAAAUCCAAAUGAACGUAUUUCUGUAUGAUAUACAGCUCUAUUGCAUUUAUUUACUGCCCACCACCAUCUGUAACAUUCAUUAUUAAAACUUAAAAAUUGCUGCUGUGGCAGCAGAUAAAACCUGACCAGUUACAGACACAAAGGACUAAAGGACAAAGGAUUCUUGAUUUUCUUGUAAUGUAGCAGUUCAUUCAGAGAAUUCUAGAUGGGAUACCCAUAAUGUACAGUGAGAAUGAGAAGGCACAAUAGUGCUUGAGGCUCUUUCGAGGCCUUAAUUUGUUACUCUACGGUUACUUUUCACUGAGAAAUGGGAUCUUGCUCCUUCAUGUUAUAUUAAAUAAAAACUAAAAAGUC